AUGGGGCGCUUCCAGUUCCAGAGCGCUGCUGCAGUGGUGCUCUUCCGCCUGCUCCUCCUGUUCCUAGCCACUGAUGGUUUGGGCGCCCAGGCGAAGCAGCUGCAGCAGCGUCAGCCACAGGAUCUGCCCCACUUCUGCGAAGGCGACGUGGAGUUUAUUACGGACGAUGAGGGUCCUGUGCCUGGAGAUCAGUCCGGCCUCCGGACCUUCAGCGUGGAGAUCGUCAACAAAUCGGACCCCGCCCGCGUGCUGUCAAACGUCCACGUCUCCUGCGCCGGGUUCGAAGGCCUCGGCCUGGUCGUCUUCCCCCCCAGCAACUUCAAGCUCAUCAGCGAGAGAGAAUGCCUUGUGAACGACGGGGGGCAGCUGAACCCGGCCCAGUCCGUCGUGUUCCAGUACGAACGCCACUCCCGGUAG